AAUCAACACUUAUUAUAUUUAUAUUUUCGCAAAUCUUUUCACACAUUCGGUGCGAUUAUGAUAUUGGGGUGGGAAUUGCUGACUGUACAGGUCCACCAACUGAAGUAACUUUUGGAGGGUACGCAAAAUUGUCUCAGAUUGGUUGCGGUAUCCAUUUGAGACAGUUUUCCCGUGCGUAUAUUAUAGACGAUGGCCAAAGUCGUGUUGUAUUUGUCACAGUAGACGCAAUGACAACAGGAAUAGAAGUCAAAAAACAAGUUUUAAACAAUUUGUCCACCAAAUAUGGGAACACUUACACUGAAGAGAAUGUAAUAAUAAGCGGUACUCACUCUCAUUCUACUCCAGGUGGCUGGUUAACGUACCUUUUGUACGACAUACCAAAUUUAGGUUUUGUUGAAGAAAGUUUCAACAACCUUGUUGAUGGUAUUACCCAGUCUGUCAUUAAUGCGCACAAUAACAUCAACAAAGCAAAAAUUUUUCUCACUUCCGGAGUACUACUUAACGCAAACAUAAACCGCAGCCCGGCCUCGUAUCUCCUGAAUCCUGAAGAAGAGCGUGCAAAAUACGACUACAAUGUUGACAAAGAAAUGGUACAAUUAAAAUUUAUCGCGACUUCGAGCAAUAAACCUAUCGGAAUCAUUAACUGGUUUGCCGUUCAUGGAACCUCCAUGAAUAAUUCGAAUUGUUUUGUUAGUUCUGAUAACGUUGGUUACGCUUCAAUUUUACUUGAAAAUUACUUCAAUAAGGGAAAAUUGAUAGGAAAGGGAUCUUUUGUUGGAGCUUUCGCCUCAACAAACCUCGGAGAUGUUUCCCCAAACACUAAAGGACCGAUCUGUGUAGAUACAGGCGAAGCAUGUGACUUUGUUUCAAGUACAUGUAACGGUAAUUCCAAAGUUUGUAUUGCGUCAGGUCCUGGCGAAACAAUGUUUGAAAGUACCAAAAUUAUUGGUGAAAAGCUUUACGAUAAAGCUUUAGAAUUAUUUGAGGACAAAAAUGGUUUUGAAAUUUCUGGUUCAGUUAAAUUUAUUCAUCAAUUUGUUCACAUGCCUGAUGAGAAAGCAGUAAUCGAACUAGAGAAUGGUACUCAGCUGGAGGUUCAAGGUUGUCUCCCAGCAGUUGGGUACGCUUUUGGUGCUGGUACCACUGAUGGUCCUGGUGAUUCAUUGUUUAGUCAAGCGACACAGACCAGUAACCCGUUUUGGAAUUUUGUGAGAGACUUUGUGUCAGUACCGACGAAAGACGAUGUUUCCUGUCAUGACCCUAAGCCCAUUAUGCUUAAUACAGGACGGGCUAGUCUUCCGUACGAUUGGCAACCUAAAAUAGUACCAACACAAAUAGUUACAAUUGGAGAAGUGGUACUUAUAGCAGUACCGGGAGAAUUCACAACAAUGGCCGGAAGAAGACUACGAGAAGCGGUCAAAAAAAUCAUAAUUAAUAAUUCAGGGUCAGAAAAAACGACACCAAUUAUCACAGGACAUAGCAAUCUUUAUUCAAGCUACAUAGCCACAUGGGAAGAGUACCAACUGCAAAGGUAUGAAGGUGCCUCGACCAUCUUUGGACCACGCACUCUCGAUCUUUACAUAAAUAAAUACAAGCAACUAGUGGAAGCGUUAAUGAAGAACGAAAAAUUAAACCCGGGUCCUUCCCCAACUGAACUUUUAGCAAAACAAGUGACUUGGUUACCCUCUGCCUCUUUUGAUUUGAGUCCCUUGUUCAAAAAAUUUGGGGAUUGUGUCCAGGAACCACCUCGAAGUGCUUCAAUUGGGGACACUGUUGUUGCCAAAUUUGUUGCUGGUAACCCUAGACAUGAUUCGUUACGUGGUGUUACUUUUCUUACAGUGAAAAAAUUAAUUGGCAAGGAUUGGACGGUGGUACUCACUGAUGCGAACUGGGAGACAAAGUACCACUGGGAGAGAAAUAAGCUCACAAAACAAAAUACGGCAACUAUUGAGUGGAGUAUUAAGGACGGUACUGAACGUGGGAAGUACCGAAUUGGGCACAAGGGACACUACAAAAAUAUUUUAGGAAAAAUUACACCAUAUCACGGAGCAACUAAAACUUUUAUUGUAAACUAAAAUAAACUAGCUAAUCCGUUCUUUACUCAAA